GAGCAGAUGGUCGCGGUGAACAGAAGAACAAAGAAAGCAAUUCCUACCCUAAACCGUAAGCAUAAACCAAAAUAGGAGUACCCCAUCCACGAGGGUGUUUUUUGGGCAGUGGCGCAAGUUUAUCCAGAGCUCUCUGCUCCGCCUUACGGCGAUCGGUUUGCACCUUUUCUUCUUCAGGCCAAUUAACGACCUCUCGAUGUUGCACCAGACUAAUUCACAAAUUCCACAAAAUGCACCAUUCUACUACCAGUAAGCGAAUCAAAUUCAGAUCCUCCUCGGGAAGAGAAUGCAUUAAUCUUAUACAUCGAACAAUGGUCAGCAGUAGAGUUUCAUAACAUAUUCGCGGCAGACCAAACAAACUGAACGAUAACUGCUAACAAACACCCAGAAUACACACUUGCUACCGUUGCGCAUUGCGUUGCUGUUUAUGUACGAUAUGCUUACAGUGCGAAUUUUAUGCUAAAGCAUAAGCCAGCGGGAUGUGCAAAUGGGCCUUCGCGCUGUCUCUUCGAAUCUGUGCACAAGUGUCUUUCUUCGCGUCCUAAAUGAUCAAAAAAAACCCCUAAACCCAAACAAACGCUACACAUACUUUUACCGUUUUUAACUGCAAGUUAACAUGUUUCACUGUUUAUAUAGAUACAUCAAAGGAAUAUGUAUAUUUUAAUUCGAGUCAUUCGAGUCAUGCACCCGCAAAAUGCAUUCUCAUGCAUCCUAUCUUCGCAAACUGGGAAGUGAUAAAAGAUGGGUGAUGCAGCAGAAUGCACACUGAACUGUAGGAUAGACCAUUAGGAAUUGAGGGAGAGAAGCCUGCGAGUGCGAGCGACCGGCGUAGGGGGGAAUGGAAAUAUUUGGGAACACGCUUCGGAAACGCUUGAAACACGUUUCUGUUAGGGGCCCGUUUGUGAUCAUGCAGCUAGAUAGGGGAGUAGAAAUGCGUCAGCGGCAAACAGGAAGAAGUGCGAAUGCAAGAUGCAUAUUCGAUUAGCGUUAGAAACGAUUUUACAGAAGCAAUGGAGCGAUGGUAUGGCCACUAUUACUUACCUUACUGUUGAAAAAAUCGGCAGACAGACCCUCGGUCACACCAAACACGAAAAAUCUAACAUGUGAAAUGGAUUGAGGAAGAGUUUACGGAAGUUGGCCUCUUCAAAUUACAGCAGCGCACCACCAUCGGAUGAGGAAGAAGGUCGCUGAUCGUAUCCUUGCUUUUAACUAACUCUCGGUGGAUGUGUCUCCCUGUCUCUAACUCUCCGUUGUAUAUCGUGUACGUGUUUGUAUCUAGGUGUAUAACUGGUUAAUGUAAACCGCAAUUCGCACAGGAGCAUAAAAGCGAACGACAGCGAACGGACACGUGAGCGCAACCGAACAGUUUCCAGCUCUUAUAUUGAACAAUAUUGAACCGAAUCAAAUCACAAAGAUAGCUAAACUCAAAUGGAGAAGAGGAAAUAGAAGAAGAACAACAAAAAAGAGGAGUAAGAGGAGGAGAAGAAACGAAAUGAUCCAUGCAACUCUACCAAAUCAAACAAAAAAAACUUAGCUAUACAGAUACAAAAAUAUAAAAUUAUUAUAUAUAUACAUAUUAUACAUAUUAUACAUAUUAUACAUUUCGAUUCUAUUCUUAUACACACCCAUUCCAAAGCCCACCUCUACGCGGGUGAGCGACUUUAAAAACAGAACCUACAGCAACAAGAGAACAAAAAAAAAACAAAACGGAAUACGAUAAAGCUAUAUACAUCUGUUAUUCCUAAGCCACCGACGCCAUCGCCUAUUGGAUAGGCACUUUACUCGACUUUUUCUUGAAAUCACACUCACUCAAAAAGUCUAUUCUCUCUCAGCGCACAAAAGAGCAAACCGUCGUUGUCUGUGUCAUGCCCGUUACAUGCGCUACUUAAGCAGCAUUUCAAAAGAUUUCUAUUCGACCAUAAUCGAGACCCGAGCAGAGGAGUGUUACGGAACCUGCAUCGAGCGAGGCCGAUAAUGCUACGGAACAUCUUGUACCCCAAUUGCCCCCAACACCAUAUUGGGAAAGACAGGAAAGUAGAAUCGCUCGAGAACGAAUGCAGUUCCAUUUUCUGACACGUAACACCACGAACGUUGGCUCUGUUUAGCAAAUUCAGAUUGGAAAACGCAAAAACGAAAAAGGUUUAACGAAUAAAACGCAAAUAUCUAUCACACGCGGGACUA